CAGACACAUACAGUAUAAUAAAUAAAUAAAUAAAUAAAUAAAUAAAUAAAUAAAUAAAUAAAUACAAAGGAAACAACUAUAUAAUUAAGGAUGGAAGGCGAGUUUGAUAAAGAGACUUUUGACUCCGGUUGGGGUCAGGCAGGACAGUGGGUUUGGAAGACUGUAGGAGAGCAGAAAGAUAAUUUGUUGACAGCAGUUGGAAAAACAGGGACCAAAAGAAAACAGGAGAAGGCCAAGCAGAAGGCUUUAGAACKUAUAGAUGAGCUUUUACAGGAAAAGGCGGUUCAGUUAACAGAUAGACAGCCUCUAGCUAAAUURCUUUGGGACAAAGAAAGAGAGUCUGUGGCUGCAGUAAAGGAAGCAAGUUUAAAGGUUGCAGAAGGUAGCAUGCUUGCUAAGGCUAAGGGCAGAAAAGUGCAGAACAAAGCAGAGUCAGAACGUCAGGCAUGGUGUAAGUUAGCCUUGUUUUGUCAGGGGACAAAUCAUCUUAAUAGGGAAACCCUAGAGGAUCAGCUGGUGAAAUCAGGUGAUCCACCUCCUUAUAAUAGGUUUGUCUGGGCAUCAGCACCUCCUCCCAGCACAGAGAGUAAUGGUGAACCAGUUAGAGGUUUGUAUCCCACUGUCGAAAUAUCUAAAGGGACACUUUUAGUGACAGAGUUGCCACAACCACAGGGUGUUAUGACAGGAGCAG